AAAAAAAUAAUGAAUCAAUAAUCUUAUAAACCAUUAAAACAAAUUGAAAAAGGAAGCAAAGGUUGGGGUCUAAAACAUAUUGCAUAAAUGACUUUAGGUUCUGGAAACAUGAGCUUAGCAGUAGAGUUACCUUCAGGAGAAGAAUUAAAUGAAUGGUUAGCAGUUAAUACAAUUGAAUUUUAUAACGAAAUAUCAAUUUUAUAUGGUACGUUAAUGGAAUUUUGCACUUAAGAAAGUUGUCCUAUAAUGAGUGCUGGUCCAAAGUAAAAAAAGCAAAAACAAUAAAAUAAAAAAAAAAAAAGAUAUGAAUAUUUAUGGGCAGAUGGAUAAAAUGUAAAAACACCUUUAAAAGUUUCAGCUUGCGAAUAUAUAGAUUACCUUAUGACAUGGGUAGAAGCAUAAAUAAAUAAUGAAACAUUAUUUCCUUGUCAAAUAGGUGUUCCUUUUCCUAAAAACUUUUUAAAUGUAAUUAAAGUUAUUUUUAAAAGAUUAUUUAGAGUAUAUGCUCAUAUGUAUCAUUCUCAUUUUCAACAUAUUAUGAAUUUAGGACUUGAAUAUCAUUUAAAUACAUGUUUUAAACAUUUCAUUUAUUUUAUUGAUGAAUUUAAAUUAGUUGAUGAUAAGGAACUUGCUCCUUUAGCUGAACUAAUAUAAUAAUUUAAAGCUCGUAAAGAAAAUCCUUAAGCAAAUUAAUGA